AUAGCAGAGCUUCACAUGUCGUGUAUUGGAAAACGGUUCGAUACUUGGUAAAUGUCUUUAUGUUUUUGAAAGUCGCGCUCGCUUGCACUGCCUUAGAUGUGGGCCGGCGUGUCGGCAACCUUGGUAGGCAGGAAGGUGAUGCUGGACUCGGCAUCGGCGUCCUCGGUCACCGAGGGCAGCUCAAAGUCCUUGAUCUCCUUGGCGUAGUACUUGAGCAGGGCGUCCUUGGCCGCGCGGUGCUCGGCCAUGCGCAGCGAGCUGCCAAAGCCGUUGCCCACCAUGCGCGUGCCGCUGAAGAUGCCCACAAUGAACACCGGCGACGCCGUGAACCGGACCAGUCUCCUUCAGGAUGCGCGCCACAGGGAACUCCAUGCCCUUGCGCUUAGUCAGCGCAAUCAGCAUGCGCUUCGGAUACUUGAUCUGCAUCACGCUCUCGACGUCCACCGGCUUGCUCAGGAUGUGCUUGUGGAUGAACUGCUUGGCCGCCUGCUGCGCCCUGGUCGUGGUAGAUUGCGCCCACCAGCGCCUGCACGCCCUUGCCAAGCACCUUGGUCAGGCCCACGUUCGGCGCCUCCUUGCUUGACGCCAUCCACCGCAUCGCCGGCUUCAUGCCAAAGUGCUUGGCCACCUCCGCCAGGCUCGUCAGACCAAAGUUCGCGUGCUGCACGUCCUGCAGCGUCUCCGUCGGCAGGUUCGGGUACUUGACGUGCAGGUACUCGCCACAUACAGGUUCAGCACCCGCUUGCCCAUCCACUCCAGCCGCUCGUUGGACGGCAGCCGUCCGUUCUCAAACGACUUGUGUGUGCACACCUGCUCCAUGAGCCCGGCGUCCUUGAACUUGAGGUUCAACCGAGCCUCCAGCGCCGCAAACGUCGUUGAUCCAGCCUCUGCCAUCACCGGCUGC